AGCACGAAUGCCGUCGCUAUAUGACCACCAAGUUCACCACUCAGUCACACACAUCCCUCGGAUAUGACCUUCGUUUCAAAUCGUCCCGGCUGGUGGCCAGUAAUCAAUUGGGCUCUUUCUUGGAGCUAUUAUGUAGACUGUGGUUCCACAGUUGCCGCCUCUGCCGCGGUGGUGUACGAUUGGGCGCUAACAUUCGGACAAGAGGUUGAACUGGUCUGGAUGCAACGCUGGUCCCUCAUGACGGUUCUGUAUCUCAUUACGCGCUAUGCUGGGAUACCAUUCACCAUUAUUUACAUUAUAUUGGAUCUUCUACCAAUCUCGUUGACGGAUGCAGUGAGCGGUAUUAUGUACUCUGCAUUAAAUUGGAUAAAUGUAAUCACAGCUGUCAUGCUGGAUGUCAUCAUGAUUGCUCGCUUACAUGCCAUGUAUCAGGGAUCUAGAAAGAUGCUUAUAUUUCUCAUCGUUAGCUUCCUGGCUGUCAACAUUGCCUGCAUAGUGAUGGCUGCAAUAGGGCUCAAGUAUAUUGGAUCGGAGGAGUAUGUUCUCUCCGGUGCCCAUAUGUGCUCUUAUACCUAUGAGGGAGACGUUAUAUUUCUGACUAGAAUGGUUUGGACACUCACCCUUAUAUGGGAGGUCCUCGCACUGUGUCUUGCGGUCUGGAUUGCUAUCAAACACUUCUGCGGUCUGCGACAACUUGGACAAUCGACAGGAUUGACCAUCGGGGACGUUUUCACAGUGUUGGUGAAAUCUCACGUGCUUUACUUUGCAAGCUUUGCUGCUGUUGCUGCUCUCCACCUUGGCGCCUUCUCUCCCAUAAUUAUAGACUCAUAUACCGUGGGAACCGAGAUAUAUGGUGCUUUUCUUCAAGUUUUUGCGGCCGUGCAGAUGUUUGUGCUGGGACCGCGCCUCAUCCUUAGCGUUCGGGAAUUUCACGCUAAGCUCGUGGCCGACUCCGACGCAGCAACUGGCAUGACGUCAAUCGUCUUCGAGGAGCGCACACACGUGUCGACUAGCAAUAGUGCGUAGCAUGAGAGAUACUUAUUGGGUUCUCUGAAAGAGCAGGAGGAUAGUUUCGUGGCGGUAUCUAUGUAUGUUAUUCGGUGUUCCAAAGUGUAUAUUCCAAGAUUCAGAUUUCCCUCACAAGGUCAAGUAAACCCCCCCACCAGAUUUACUGAGGUUGUUGCGAUUGUUAGCUAUAUAUAGUCAAAUAUGAUAUUUCAAUUUGUUCACUGGUUCACUGAUGCACAGGAUCCUGGCUGUGUGAUGUAUCACAAUCGCAUCUGCUACACGAUGCAUUAAGG